UGCCACUCCACAAAUCCCAACACAACAGCCAACACACCAACCAACCAACCAACGUUGACACCACUCUCACUGCCAGCACAAAGCAAGAGAGCAGAAGCGAAGAUGGAGCCAACGACAGAGGACGCAGCGCCGUCGUUCACGACGAUGCUGUUCAAGACCAUCAGCAUCCGGUAUCAGCUCUUCAUGGACUCGAUCACGCCGUGGGUUGCGCCGCGAUGGGCUUUUAGUGUCAUUUCGCUCGUCCUGUUCAUGACACGCAUCUUCGUGCUUCAGGGGUGGUACAUCAUCGCGUAUGCGCUGGGCAUCUACCUGUUGAACCUGCUCAUUGCCUUCCUGACGCCACGCUUCGACCCGGCCAUCAACAUUGAAUCUGAGGACACGGGUGACGACGCCGCGUUGCCGACCAAGCGCGACGAGGAGUUCCGCCCCUUUGUGCGCAGGCUGCCCGAGUGGAAGUUCUGGGUGAUGGCACAGCGGGCAAUCUUUGUUGCGUUCUUUGCCACCUUCUUCAAAGCCUUUGACGUGCCCGUCUUCUGGCCCAUCCUCGUGCUCUACUUCAUCCUCCUCUUUGUCGUCUCCAUGAAGCAGCGCAUCGCGCACAUGAUCAAGCACAGAUACGUGCCCUUCUCAGUAGGCAAGCCCAAACACGCAGGAAAGUCGGACAAGUGAUUCCAGUGCACGCUGUCGUGCAUCUGUUUGGCUUCUGCGUGAGACACAGCGAGAGGGAGAGGAAUUGCGGAGAGAAGAGAGAGAGCGUUUGCUUUGGGCAAGUGCGUAUUGUGCAAUCGUUCCCUGUCUUUCUUUCCCGAGUGUGCGUCGUGUGUGUCGUGUGUGGUAUUCCUCCUUCGGUCAUUUCUUGUCUUCAUUCUCACCAUCGGUUUCAACCCCUUGCCAGCAACUAGUGACUUCAUGGGUCCGUGGUUUGUGCUUUUGGUUGGUUGGAUGGUUCGUUCGUUCGUUUGUUCACUUCGCGUACACGCAAUCACAAAACACAAAAGCACAAAAGCACGUCACUUAUCGAGAGCAAAAUUAAGACGAAGAAAACACAAGGGGGCACAAAUACACGUGCAACCGUA